CGUAUCUGUCCAGUCAAGUAAUGGGACCGUGCGCUGCUACAACCUCGUAAGCACAUCGCCCUCCAACUCUCUGAUGCCAUUGCUGGUGGCUUUUGUGUGUCUGCUGUGCAUUUGGGGAUUGUGCUACCUUACAACGUAUAUCUUCAGGUUGGCGUGCACUCACAAGUGUUUGGAGGAGUUGAAAAAAAAGACUUGCUGUAAGAUUCACAAUGAAUCUGGGGAACCUGCUGGCCCCAGACAAAAUGCCGAUAUUCCCAAACACAGACGUCUGCUCUCUCUGGAUACAUUUAGAGGCUUCUCCCUGACUAUAAUGGUAUUUGUCAACUAUGGAGGGGGCGGUUACUGGUUCUUCCAGCAUGUUCCUUGGAACGGUCUAACAGUUGCAGAUUUAGUUAUGCCGUGGUUUGUCUUCAUCAUUGGGACCUCAGUGGCUCUGGCUUUUAGCAGCAUGUUGAAGAGAGGCAUUUAUCGUUCACAGCUUGUCCGGAAACUGACAUGGAGAACAUGUGUUCUUAUGGCCAUAGGAGUUUUCUUCCUUAACUAUGGCCCAACUGAUGGUCCAUUGUCUUGGCGUUGGGCACGGAUAUCAGGGGUUCUCCAAAGAUUGGGGUUUACAUACUUUGUGUUGGCAUUGAUGCACACCUAUUUCAGCAAGCCAAACCUGGAGCUCAUGGAGAGCCAUCAGCGGAGUGCUGCCGUAAGGGAUAUUGUCAUGUACUGGCCGGAGUGGAUCAUCAUUGCAGCUCUAGAGACUCUUUCACUGUGUUUAACGUUCCUUCUACCUGUGCCCGGGUGUCCUACAGGUUACCUGGGUCCCGGUGGAAUUGGAGACGAUGGUCUGUACCCAAACUGCACAGGAGGAGCUGCAGGAUACAUUGAUAAGUGGUUAUUCGGACCAAAUCAUAUCUACAAUCAUCCAACAUGCAAGGAGCUGUAUAAAACCACUGAACCAUUUGAUCCAGAAGGAAUACUUGGGACCAUCAACUCUGUGGUGAUGGCAUUUUUUGGACUGCAGGCUGGAAAGAUCAUCCUUAUUUAUCGGAAGUCCCCGCACAAAAUAUUAUGCAGAUUCUUAAUUUGGAGCAUCUUGCUGGGGAUUAUCUCGACCAUCUUAACCAAGUGUACAAGGGAUGAAGGAUUUAUUCCCAUCAAUAAAAACCUCUGGUCUCUAUCUUUCAUCACAACACUCAGCUGCUUCUCCUUCCUUCUGCUGGGGCUGAUGUUUUACGUGAUUGAUGUCCGACGGUGGUGGGGAGGACAACCAUUCAUCUACCCAGCUACUUCAGGACUCUAUCUUCCAAAAAGAGAAUUCUCUGAAAGUUUACACCCUGACCUGCCUGCCCAUACAAUGCUAUUACAAAUCCAUGCACUGAGAGACCAUACAGGAGAGGUGCCACACUUCAGCCUAUGCAGGACUGUUCUAAAUUAUAAAUACCUGAACAUUUUCCGUGUUGACGAACGGACGGGAAUUCUCUCUCUCAAUGAGACCUUAACAAGUGAAAUCCUCAAUGAACUAAGAAACUCAUCAAUAUCGAAACUGCGGUUCAGAGUGAAGGUGUCCGCUGCUCCAUUUAAAGAACAAGUCUGUGACAAAUCCCUCUCUGCUGACAUUAUCCUGACACUAGAAGACAACAAAAUUCCCAACUGCUCCUCUCUACUACCAGAAGACGUGUGCUUUCGGGGGACAGAACUUUCUUUCCACAUCAAAGAAAACAGACCCCCGGGAAGAUUCUUCCAGUUCUAUCCACACUAUUGUACUCAUCAGAGCCCAAAUAUUAGUGUCAGCUAUUCAUUAUUAUUAGACCCACGCCUCCCUUUCCAAUUGAAACCAAAUACGUCGGAAAUAUUCUUGUCCCAUCCCUUGAACCGAGAAGAAAGGGAAGACUAUGAUCUAGUAGCUAAAUGCAUUAUAAAAGACAACACCAAGGAAGUGGAAUUUGAACGGUCAUUCCGCAUCAAGGUGGAUGAUGAAGAUGACAACCCUCCUUAUAUUAUGGAUGGAACGAAUACUGCACAUGUCGUUGUAGAAUAUGAAAGAAAGGAAGGUACCGUCCUUGGAUCGCUAGAGGUUCAUGAUCUUGACUCCACACCGGUCUAUCCAGUAGACAGUAGUCACAACAGAUACACAGAUACCAUCAUCAAUAAUGAAACCUUUGUACAAGAUAAAUUUCAGAUCAAGAGCCAACCCAGAGAGGUUAAAUUCAGCCGAAACGGCAACACCAUUCGAGGGACAAUCCAUGAAUUUAAGCUUCUGCUGAAACAAAGUAUUUCCAUAAACAGAAAUGCAUCAUAUCUAGUCAUGGUUUUGGUCAAUGACACAGAAUAUCGUCCUGGUGGAGAUCUGAUGCUGUACUUCAAUGUCACCAUCAAGCCUGUUACAGUUCGAUUCCCUGAUAUAACUUACCAGUUCACUGUCAACUGUAAUGCCAACCGCUUUGCCCAGAUAGGAAGAGUAUGCAUUGAAAACUGUUCGCUGUUCAAAGGCGUCAACGUAGUUUACACACUUCAGCCUUCAAAUACCACAUCUGCCAUUGGCAUCCAAAAGGCACAAGGGGAGAUGUUUGCAACCCUUUAUGUUACUGAUCCCAAUGCUUUGGCCAGCUAUGGUAGCAAAGAGAUCCUUUAUACUGUUGUAGCCUCCAAUUCACAAGUUAAGCCCUCCAAGACACAAGUCACGAUCAUUAUUGAAGGCACUCCUUUAAACCAUGAAGUAAAUUGUCCGGUCUCAUGUUCAGAGAGCAAAAACAAAAGAGAGUGUGAAGAGUGUAAUGGAUUGGGAUCCCUCACUGGAAGAUGCCAAUGGAGACAGGGAUAUGGUGAAGGGAUCACUAAGAACUAUUCUACUUGUACACCGAGUACCCUUACCUGCCCUGAUGAGAUUUGUGAUGCCGUGGAGAGGAAAGAUCAAUCAAUCUGCCCACAGGACUGCACAAAGUUAGAGGUCAUUGGUGGAUAUGAGAGAAAUCAAACUGGAAUAAAAGCAGGUUACGGUACCUGUUACUGCCUCCUCCCUGACAAAUGCUUCUGCGAGAAAAAUAUAGAGGAGGUCCAGCUGUGUGAUGAAGCUUGUAAAACGGUUAUCGCAUGUGGAGUUUUCCUAUCUUUUAUCAUCUCUGUGCUGUUGUCCUCAUACUUUAUUCACCGCUAUCACAAAAACUCACCAAAGCCCCCUAUAGCUUCUGCUGAGAUGACUUUCCGCCGACCUGCCCAGUCUUACCCAAUCAGCUACUCCUCAACUAAUGCUCGACGACCAUCUCUAGAUUCUAUGGAAAACCAAGUCUCAGUGGAUACAUUUAAAAUACCAGAGGAUCCAAAGUGGGAAUUUCCAAGGAAAAACUUGGUUCUUGGCAAAACCCUUGGUGAAGGAGAGUUUGGGAAAGUGGUUAAGGCGACGGCAUUUAGGUUGAAAGGAAAAGCCGGGUAUACCACAGUGGCUGUCAAAAUGUUAAAAGAAAGCGCCUCCCAGAGUGAACUACGGGAUCUUCUUUCUGAAUUCAACCUCUUAAAACAGGUUAACCAUCCACAUGUCAUCAAAUUAUAUGGAGCUUGUACACAGGAUGGUCCUCUGCAUCUUAUAGUCGAGUAUGCAAAGUACGGCUCUUUACGUAGUUUCCUGAGGGAAAGUCGCAAAGUAGGACCUAGUUCUGUAGGUGGUGACUCAAAUCGUAACUCCAGCUAUUUGGACAAUCCUGAUGAAAGAGCCCUGACUAUGGGAGACCUCAUUUCCUUUGCAUGGCAAAUAUCCAGGGGAAUGCAAUAUUUGGCAGAAAUGAAGCUUGUUCAUCGAGAUCUGGCGGCACGAAAUGUCCUUGUGGCAGAAGGUCGUAAAAUGAAAAUCUCAGAUUUUGGUCUCUCUCGAGAUGUUUAUGAAGAGGAUUCGUAUGUUAAGAGAAGCAAGGGAAGAAUACCAGUGAAGUGGAUGGCUAUAGAAUCCUUGUUUGACCACAUAUACACCACACAAAGUGAUGUGUGGUCCUUUGGGGUUCUUCUGUGGGAAAUUGUUACCCUUGGUGGAAAUCCAUACCCAGGUAUUGCUCCAGAGCGUCUCUUCAACCUCCUCAAAACUGGCUACAGGAUGGAAAAGCCAGAGAAUUGCAGUGAUGAAAUGUACAAUCUCAUGCUGAAAUGUUGGAAGCAGGAGCCCGAUAAGAGGCCAACAUUUGGUGAGAUCAGUAAAGAGUUGGAGAAAAUGAUGGUGAAAAGCAGGGAUUAUUUGGACCUUGCUGCCUCUACUCCUGCAGACUCCAUGCUCUAUGAUGAUGGCCUUUCUGAAGAGGAGACACCUCUGGUGGACUGUAACAAUGCCCCAAUCCCCAGAACGCUUCCCUCAACUUGGAUUGAAAACAAACUCUAUGGUAGAAUUUCCCAUGCGUUUACUAGAUUCUAGCUACGCUACCCAGUAGGACAAAUGCCAUCUAUCUGAGCGUUAAUAGAACUCUGCUUCUCAACAACCCCAGGGCUGUGUGUCUCUAAGAAAUCAAACUUUGCUUUAAAUGGCUGUUUAAUUUCAAAUUCUAUUUAUUUAUUUGCUAAAUUUUAAUGCCAAUGGUUAAAUAAUUUUGCAGCAGUGUUCAAAAGAAGCAUAAGAAAAUAUUGUAGACAUUUUCCAUAAAACACAUGCCUACAGUAUAGCCAAGGAAAUGAUGUAGAAAGCUCUAAUCCUAACUCAUAUCUGACAUUGUAUGGCGUAAACCAAUGGCACUUAAUAUAUAACUUACAUACAUAUCUUGUUAUAUAAGGAGUAAUAUGGACAAAAGCUAGCCCAUAAGAGCAUCAUCUACCAUUUAGCGACCAUACCAUUAUGUUCCUUGGCCUUGAAAUCUGCUAGUGCAGCCAGUGAACAGUAAGGUCUCGGCAUAUUGUGCGCAUAAGCUUAUGCACCCAGUGGGGGAAAUUUAAUAAAACCCGUGCAGAGGAAAAGUUGACCAGUUGCCCAUAGCAACCAAUUAUUUUGCUUCUUUAAAAAAAAAUGUUUUUAACGUUAUCUGGUUGCUAUGGGCAAUUGCUCCGCUCUUUCUCUACACAAGUCUCCCCUCAGAUAACUAUAACAUUAAUUUAGAAGCUCCGAUAACAUGAAUAUAAUAUUUGACACUAGUAAGCAAUAAACUGCUUUUCCUAAGCUUGAAUGUGGAAACAAAUUGCAUUCAUAUAUUGAUAAAGAUAAGUCAUUUGGUUAAUAUACAUAGGGCAUUAGUGUCAAUUAUCAAGAAAAACAUUUCCUGAUUUUGACCCAAAGCUUAAUAUUUCUAUACAACUAUAUUAAGCCACAGUAUGACCCAAUAAGGAGGCACAAAAAUAGUUUCUACAAAGCCUUUCUGACAGUAAAUGCAGAUCCUGGGUGCUAUGGUAUUAGUGCAUAGUUGUAUACAAAAUACUCCAAAAUUAUUAUCUUUUUAUCAAAGGUAGAGCUCCUGAGCCCUAACAUAGCAUCUGUAUCAGGGCCCCGCUCAUACCAUUUACAACUGAUGUCUUCUUAUUUGACCUCUCCAUGUACCAGGACCCAGGUGUAACUGUCGCGUCUGUACCCUCUACAGCUACGCCUUUAUCCUUGACCUUAGAUAUCUCACAGACCUGCUGUGCCGGUACCUAAAGCACAGAUUGGAAGUUACCCUUUGUCAUGUCAAAGGGCCACAGUAGAAAGUCUCCUAACCAACUUUUUGUCUUAGGCUAUGUUCACACAAAGUAUUUAAAGAUAUUUUUACAGAUUUUACAGGAAAAAAAAAUCUAAGGCAAUGUUUUUUGGUCUAUAUUUUCAGCCUGCAUUAUUUCAUGCAAAACAACAGAAAAAGUCUUUUGGUCCCUUUUUUUUUU